AUUAUUCUGAAGCACCUACAUUAGUUUCCUUCAAAAGCGGCAAAAUAUUAUUUUGUUUUUGUGCGUUAGAUGGCGUGAUUAAAUAAGUGUUUCUCAUCUAUGUGAAACCCAGAGAAUCGUGUAACUUUAUUUCCUUUCCUAUCAUUAACUUUAUAGGCUAUAUUUCUUUUACUUUGGAGUGUUCAAUACGCAUGGUUUAUCCAAAUUAGUGUUGUACGUGUCAAUCUAAAUAUGUCUAAAGAAAAGGAGUCGUUAUAUACCCGAAAAUACCGAGUUGCUUGGGAAUCCGAUGCUGAACUUAAAGGAUGGAUUGGUCCUGUAUUAGCAGAUGAGACAAAGUCGCUUUGUAAGAUAUGUAAAUGUACUUUAGCUGCACAUAAAAAAGACUUACUGCUUCACGGUAAAAGUAAGAAACAUCAAGAGGCGGAGAAAAGAUCUUUGGCUGGCCCGAAUAGUAAAUAUUCAUUGAUUAUAGAUGAGAGCACUGCAGUCGAUUCCACAAAAAUGCUAUGCGUUAUGAUAAAAUAUUUUAGUAAAAAGCAAACUAAGAUUGUUACGACUUUCUACAAACUUAUCGAAAUUGAAAAGGGAGAUGCCAUAACUAUCUCGGCUGCGGUGACAAAACAACUGGAGCUAGACGGUUUAAAAUUAGGGAAACUAAUAGGAAUCGGUGUUGAUGGAGCCAAUGUUAUGAAAUUUGGUGAAAUGCAGCUACCUGAACACUUUAAAGAUACAGAAGCAAUCAAUGAUUAUUCUAUUAGUGUUUAUAAACAGCAUCACUGCAUAAUUACAGUUUUCUAUGGCGAUGUUGCUAAAGCGUUGAAAUCGAUGGAAUCUGAUGCUGUUCCCACUGACGAAGCUUCCCUCAGUAGAUCAUUGAACAUUUUUUCGCCCAGGUACUCUGGAGACUUUUGA